UCCGUCCGCCCGCGCCGCCACCGCAUCAUCAGUUCGCGUCGGAGACUUGUGUGCGACGCUCGUCUGCGAAGUCGUUCCCUCAGAUACGCUGCUGUUUACGGAGUGUGCCGUAACACGACACGUUUGGAGGGACCAACGCUACGCGUGUGCUGUGCUAUUGUGAACACUGGAUAUUGUGAUAUUUUGUGUUGUGAUAAUGCGUACGUGCUGAAAUUUGUAAUUGUUGCCAAUCAUCUCUUAGGAUUUUUGACUACGCAACCAGUUCCGGAUCAGCUCAGCCGAUUAUCGUUAUGAAAGUUGUUAGCUUACAAUUGCCAUCAGGACCCAGCAUGGAGCGGUUACCGCUUCCAUUCAGUCCUACAGAGCUUUUAUGGCGAUACCCACUACCGUGGGCGCCUCCGCCUUUGUCACCUCUCGGAGAUACAAAGGCCCAACUACCUUCAGGUCUCCCUCCAGAACCCAGACUUUGGACAAGAGAAGAUGUAGCCGUAUUCUUGAAAUGGUGUGAAAGAGAAUUUGAUUUACCAAACUUCGACAUGGAUCUGUUUCAAAUGAAUGGUAAGGCUUUGUGCCUUUUAACCAAAACCGAUUUAGGUGAACGUUGCCCUGGAGCUGGCGAUGUUUUACACAAUGUCCUUCAGAUGCUUGUGCGUGACGCUGCCCUAUUAGGAAGAGUGCCAUCAUCUCCAGUAACUCCAACUGCUCGAAGUGCUCCCUACCCGCCUUCUCCACACUCCCAUCCACCCACACCGACUUGGGCUGUAGCUGAUGGUUUCCAUCACUUUCAUAGCGCUGCUGCUGCAUCUGCCCAGCCGAACUCUGUUACUUUAAGCCCUGCUCCUUCUGUGGACAGUUCCGGUAGUCCCCAACGUGGUGAAACUAUGAGUUAUGCACCAUCUUAUGCCCCUCAAGUUCCCACUCAAACAAGUUCCGGAAGUAAUCAAUCAGAUUCCGAUGAAGAAGCAAAAUUUGCUCCCCCACCUCACUCACCUAAAGAAACUUCCUUGCCCAGUCCCGCUCCACAAACCCAUGCGGCGCCUCAACACUCGCAUUUCCGGACUCAGCAUCGUGAAUUUUUCCCCAAUGACAUGCCUGAAUCCAAUACAAAUGGAAGACUUUUAUGGGAUUUCUUGCAACAACUUCUAAAUGAUCCUACACAAAGAUACACCAACUAUAUCGCCUGGAAAAAUAGAGAAACAGGCGUGUUUAAGAUUGUCGAUCCUGCAGGACUUGCCAAGCUUUGGGGCAUUCAGAAAAAUCACUUGUCUAUGAACUAUGAUAAAAUGUCGAGAGCAUUAAGAUAUUAUUACCGAGUUAAUAUAUUACGCAAAGUGCAGGGCGAACGACAUUGUUAUCAGUUUCUGCGAAACCCUACAGAACUCAAAAAUAUCAAAAACAUAUCGCUUUUGCGGCAACAAAUGAGCCCAACCCGUGUUGCACAACAGCAACAACAACAGCAGCCGCCGCCUGUUGUGAAGGCUGAAAUGAAGGAAGAGCGGUGUGAAGAUGAACAUGUUGAAGAAGAUAUGCCAACAGAUUUGAGCAUGACAGCUUCUGAACCUUGGCGGAAGCGACCGCGGUCGGACCCCGCGCCCGCGCCCCCGUCACACGACAAACAUUACAUUAGCACCCUCAUUGGUGACAAUAAUAUGAUGAUGAAACCGGAAUCCGAAUACAAUUCGGAGUAUUACGCUCUUAAUCUUAAAAGUGAAAAAUGUGAACAAUGACUUGUGAAAAAAUAGACACGAUUAAGUGAUGUGUUAUUGUGUAUUGUCAAACUUACUCCACCCGAUAUAUUUCUAGUCAAACAUCUCUCAGAAAGUUAACAUUUUCAGUCUUCCGAUAUCUAAAUCUAAAUAUAUAUAUAUCAAUUAUUUAAAUUGACUGAGAGUACUUUGACAGAUAUAAUACGGUAUUUGGAGUCAAACAGGGUAUGGACCUUAAUGAUGCCUUUGUGCCACGUGAUGUUUAUCUGAUAGUGUCAAUUACAUAUAUAUAUAUUAUUUAGUUAGACAAGGGGACAGAGAUUAUAGGUGUUAAUUCAUAGAGACUAUUUGAAUAUAUUGUGCAAUGGACCAUAUACUGCAGACUGAUUUCGGCAGUUACAAAUUAUUGCCAAAAGAGAAAAAUUUUGUUGAGCGUAUUAGAUUGUGGUUUUUACGCGAUAAUAAUGCAUUUUGUUAAUUUAAUUAGUAUGUAUGUGUAAUAUAAUUAGGUAAAAAUAUUCUUGUUUAAAAACUUAACACAGUACAGUCUUAAAAAUAAGAAUAUUAUAAAUAUCAUACACACAAUGUUUGUGUCUUCCAUUGGUUCUUUUAGGCAGAAACCUCAUAAUUGUAGCAUGUGUCAUAAUUUUAAACAAAAAGCUACCACAAAAUAUAUGCAUGGACAAAUUGACUUUCCAUGAAAUUAUGUUUAGAAAGUGAAUUUCAUUUAGAAAACCUUUUAUGGACAAUAAAAUCGUCACUUAAUGCCUUAAACCAAUUUAAAAUUCCUCUGUGAUAAAAGUGUAAAGUGGUAGACUUAUAGUAUAUUAUGCUAGGCUUUUACUCAAUUAUUUCCAGCUACAAUUUUCUGUGAUCUCUUAUCAAUAUAGGUAAAUAUUGUAAUAGAGACUAAAAUUAUUGAGUUUGUAAAUAUUAGUUAUAAAUGUAAUAUAGUUUAAUAGAACUGACUAAAGAGUGAAUGAUGUAUGAUUUGUCAAACAAAAGGUGGAGCUUUAUCAAAGUACCUAGGUAUCAAUAAGUACUAUAAUAAUUGAGUUUGUAUUUUUGCAAUUAUUUCUAUUGGGCAUAUAUUGUGUGCCAAUACUUCCAACUUGUAAAGAAUAUAAAUAUAAUGUUUCAAAAAAAA